CGCGAGUUAAACGAGUUUUCUAUCCUGUUAAACCAUCGUGAAAGUGUAUCCUUGCUGUAUAAGGACAAUUUUUAUGAUAAGCGAAUCCAAAGGGCUUCCCUGAAUGGUGUACUUUUCGACAUCAACACGCCGUACGAUUACCGAGAGGAUCUUCCGGAAAUGCAGCCGCCUAGAAAGCGGAAACGUGUGAAAGCAGAGGGUCGGUUUGAUGAAAUAACUGCUAAGGUAUCCGAUAAUCUCAACAGUAUUAAGUCUAAACUUGAGGAUGAAACCGAGAAGCUCGAGCAAUCCAACAAACACGCGCUGGAAUUUGUUGAUAAUUUCAAUCUGGCCUUCACCUACAAUGCCGAUAGCUGUUUCAACGGACAGAACACUUCCGAGCAAACCGUCUUCACCGAACUGGACGGUGAAAGCUUUCUUGUGCCACCGAAAGUAACAUUCUUCAACGCUCCCAUUAGUCGGUUAAUUGAGUACCUGCCAGAGAACGAGAAAUUCGAUUUGAUCGUACUGGAUCCACCCUGGUGGAACAAAUACAUAAGACGGGUUAAGGGCGCGAACGCACGGGCAAGUUACCGGAUGCUCUCGAACGACGAUAUCGCACAGAUUCCGCUCGAGCGUCACUUGCACGGGAACACGAUCGUGAUCGUAUGGUGCACGAAUGCACCAUCUCAUAUCGAUGCCAUCGCAAGCGUUUUCUUCCCAAAGUGGGGCCUCGAAUCUGCUGGUGCUUGGUAUUGGACCAAGAUUACAAAGAAAGGAGAACCAGUGUGUAGAUUCAAGGAACCCACCGGUAAGCAACCAUACGAACGAUUAUUCAUCGGUCUACCACCUGGCUCCUCGCUGGCCAAGUCCAUUCCCAAGGAACUGUACCUCUACAGCAUACCGAGUGCCCUUCAUUCUCACAAACCACCUCUCUACGAGCUGAUGCGCACAAAAUUUGCCCUCGAAGCACCAAACUGUCUGGAGCUCUUCGCUCGCAGCCUGCACUCCGGUUGUACCUCAUUUGGAAUGGAAGUGUUGAAACUGCAAAACAAACGUCUCUACGAACUGGCCGAAGUGGAGUGAGACGCGGAACGUGCGCUGGCAUUAAAAUAAAUACAUCAAACAGCAAGGCACCACCAGCUGCCCACUCAAUGGUGUCCAUUCGUCUGGUCCGUUUUGUACCCGUUCGGGUUCAUGGUUUGCCAUCGCCAGAAGUCCUCGCCUGAAAGAGGUAAACAGCCAUGUUAAGUA